AUCCUUCUCAUAUGCUGGCUUCGUAGUUGCUCAAUAAUUCCUGAUACUUCACAAGAUUUCAGUUCAAAUUCAUUUUAUUUGUGUAGUGCUUUUAGCAAUGGACAUAGUUUCUUUACAAAGAUAAAUAGUAUAAAAGAUAUGAAUUUCUAAAUCAGUGCCUAUAAAUUGAUCCCAUAUAAGUUUAUCUCUAAUAAUUGAGCCUGUGGAAAAUGUGGCAAAGAAAAACUCCCUGGUAUGAGGAAGAAACUUUGAGAAGAUCCAAGACUCAGAACAAAACCCAUUCUCAUCUGGGUGGCACCAAAUGUCCAUUCAUUAGAGUUUCAUCAUGUCUGAGGUGUACUGUAGUGCUGUUCAUGAAAAUUGAGAUCCUUCCUCAUAGCUUUUAAGAUUCUCAUCACUACAAUAUCAUUUAUUUAUAUAAUUUAACAGGAGUCCUGGAUUUCUGGGGUGGCAAGAUGCCAAUCUGUGCCACCCACGUAGCCACGCCCCUAUAUAGUCUAAACAGGAUCGACUUCUUGACUUGACUCAAAUUCUUCUAUAUAACACAAGGAUUUGAGCAAGAAUACAGGAAAUUCUUACAAAUAAUAUAUUUCACUGAGAUGGCAUGCUGAGGAGUUUUGCUCCCCGAUGUGUGUAAGUGCAGAUACUCUGCUAAAGCGAAAGUACCGCAGGCUGAAUCCCAAAUAGCUUCCUAUAAUCUUUAUAGUGCACUAUGUAGGCUGAAGAAGCCACUAUUUCCACCCCCUCUAAAGUGAACAAGUAUAGGAAGGGAUUUAGUAUUUGGAAGUUAGUUUCUGAACCAUCAUUUCGGGUUUAGAGUCGUGAUUGCAGGCGGUAUUUGUUAGCUAGCGGACUAGCCUCGCAGCAAGGAAAGAGCACCGGCCUGGCGACCCGGGGCUUUUCCUGAAAUUUUAACCCGACCACGGCGAAGGCAGUAUGGGGCGCGACGACGUUGAUUUCCCGGUAGCUGUGGUUCUCCCGGCUGCUGGCACCGGGGAGAGGACAGGACUUCAGACCCCCAAGCAGUUCUGCACCUUCCUCACCAGACCACUCAUCAGCUUCACCAUCGAAACCUUUGAAAGAAUCCAAUGGAUCAACUACAUUGUUGUUGUAGUUGCUAAGGAGAGCCAUGACCUGAUGCUGCACAUCGUACAACAGUUUCAUCAUACAAAGGUAAAAGUGGUUGAAGGGGGAACCACGAGACAUAGAUCCAUCUUCAAUGGUCUUCAGCUGUUCAGCAAAAGUGCAGAGGGUCCCGUGAUUCCAAGACCAAAGGUGGUCAUCAUCCACGAUGCCGUACGUCCGUUCGUAGAGGAAGACUUUCUACUCAAGAUCACCCUGGCAGCCAAAGAGCAAGGGGCUUCUGGAGCUAUCCGUCCUUUGGUGUCCACGGUGAUCGCCACCACUUCUAAAGGCUUCCUGGACCACUCACUGGAGCGAACCAAGUACAAGGCCAGUGAAAUGCCCCAAGGAUUUCUGUAUGAUAUCAUCUAUCAGGCCUACCAGCGGCGGUCUGACUUUGAGUUUGGCACCGAGUGUCUGCAUUUGGCCCUGCAGUACAGCGGCACCAGUGCCAAGCUUAUUGAGGGACCACCGACACUGUGGAAAGUGACGUACAAAAGAGAUUUGGCUGCAGCAGAGUCAAUUAUUAAAGAGACUCUCUCGCUGUCAGCAUGCCUCAUCUCAGGAGUCAUGGCAGAAGCUGUCGAGCUUUCCAGCAGGCUCCAGAAAAACCUGGAAUUGCACCAUAUGGCAGUGGAUGUUAUUCCAUGCACAAAGAAAAAUAAUGAACUGCUGCGAAAGACCAGGAACUUCAUCCAGAUAGCUACCAGCAGUGCAAGUUUAUCUAAAAUUGAGGAGAUGGUGACGGUUUUUGAGGAGACACAACAUGCCCUUUUGUAUCCUGUUGUUAUUGUAUGUGUUAAUUUAUGUUUGUCAAAUGAGGCAUGGGAUAUCCAAAAAAAUGAUGAACCAGUGCCCAUCAUGGAUCUCUCGAUGAAGGCCAAAGAGAGGAAUAUUUUACUCUACUGUGUGCAGAUUAUUUACUCCAAGGUCCCUGAGCUGUGGGAGAGGUCUGUAGCAAGACUGACAGAGAUCACAGAAUACCUUAUUAGAGACAGAAACCCGGUCCUUACUGGACAGAUACUACGAGCCUGAGGCACUGGGGUCAAACACAAACACACUUAUUUGUAAUUUGUGUUAUUUUCCAGUGACAUACAUGUUAUUUUAUCUAAACAAUGAAACAAUACUACCACCCACCUGCUGCCACCUACACACGACCUCCACCUUAACCUCAGUGACCCAAAGGAAACCUCGGCACAUUUUGAUAAAAAAAUAUAUAUAAUCUCAUGGGGACGAUCCAAAUGUCCCUACCAGAGCAAACUUGUUUCGCCACAUAUGUGUUUGGUCCCAGUAAAAAAAAAUAUACAGCAUUACUUUAGGACAAAAUCCACUGUACCGUGAAGACAUGAUACAUUAUAAAACCCAGUGUUUAAACUGUUUUAUUAAAAAAAAAAUUUCAUUAAAGAAAUGUUUGUUUAAA